AUCUUCACGGGGCCUAAAAUGAAAAUGGAGCAGAAGUGAAAAUAGUGCUUAUUUAUCUAUGUUUAUUAUUAUUUACUUUAUAAUCAAUAUCGUAUAUGAAGUGAAUUAAUUUUUCGCACGUCAGGCAUUGCUUUUGGGUUUUAGAUUUGGCUGAGGUGGUAAAAUUAUUAUUGAAUUACAUAAAUCAAUUUUAACCAAAUGGAAGUUAUAAAACAAGAAAUUUGUGAGGAGACCUGUAAAAUAGAAAUAGAGAACAAAGAAUUGGAUGAUGCUCUUUUGAAUAGCUUUAAAUAUGAAAUUAAGGAGCAAUCAAAUGUAGACAAUACAGAUUAUACUUUUGAUCCUUUAGAUUUGAAGGAAUUUCCAAUAAAGAAUGAAAUGGAACAAAAUCAAAAUGAACUUAUCUGUUUUAAAGAAAAACAAAAAUCCAAAGAAGGUUAUAUCCAAGAUGAACAAAAAAUGGAAAAUAUGGAGACACUUAUUAUUGGAGAUUCAUCUUACGAAGAAAAUUAUAUGAGUGAACACUCUGAAGGAAAGACAUUAAAUAAAACGAUGAAAAUUGCGGCUGGACAAAGACCUUACAAGUGCGAAAUUUGUUUUAAACAGUUUUCUUACAAAUGUUAUUUAAAAACACAUUUGAGAGUACAUUCUGGGAAAAAACCUUACAAAUGUGAAAUGUGUUUUAAUCAGUUUAAUACUACAAGUGACUUGAAAAGACAUUUGAGAACUCAUACUGGAGAAAAACCUUAUACGUGUGAAAUUUGUUUAAAACAAUUUAGUGAAGCAGGUACAUUAAAAACACAUUUGAGAGUGCAUACUGGGGAACUACCUUACACAUGUGAAAUUUGUUUAAAACGGUUUAUUACUAGAAGUAGUUGGAAAAGCCAUUUGGUAACACAUACUGGAGAAAAACCUUAUGAGUGUGAAAUUUGUUUUAAGCAAUUUAGUCAAACAGGUCAUUUGAAAAGACAUUUGAGAGUGCACACUGGAGAAAAAUCUUAUAAGUGUGAAAUUUGCUUUAAGCAAUUUAGUCGAGCAGAAAAUUUAAAAGUACAUUUGAGAGUGCACACUGGAGAAAAAUCUUAUAAGUGUGAAAUUUGUUUUAAGCAAUUUAGUCGAGCAGAACAUUUGAAAGUACAUUUGAGAGUGCACACUGGAGAAAAAUCUUAUAAGUGUGAAAUUUGUUUUAAACAAUUUAGUCGAGCAGAGCAUUUGAAAGUACAUUUGAGAGUGCACUCUGGAGAAAAAUCUUAUGAGUGUGAAAUUUGUUUUAAACAGUUUUCUCAGGCAGGUUCAUUGAAAACACACAAGUGCACACUAAAGAAACACUUUAUUAAGUGUGAAACUUGUUUUAAGCAAUUUAGUCAAGCAGGUCAUUUAAAAAGACAUUUGAGAGUGCACGCUGGAGAAAAAUCUUAGAAGUUUGAAAUUUGUUUUAAGCAGUUUUCUCUUCCAGUAUUUAAUAUGAAACAAAUAAAUUUGAUUUUGUUGUGAUUUUACGUUUUGUAUUUUUGUAUUCUUUUAAUUAUUUUAGUUUUAUCUAUUUUAUGCAAAAGUUCUUUUAAGAACACUGUUAAAAUUAAGAACUGUAAAAGUGAGGAAAUAAUUGUAAAAUAAAAAAGUAGAUAUACCU